AUGACACCCAAGACUCUGCUCCAGCGCAAGGAAGUCAGUGAGACUCAAUGGGGAGUUGCGGCGCCAUGUACCAGCGAUAUCUUCAAGACUCGUUCUCACCAGCAUAAGCCGUUGUCUCUCAAGUGGGACCAUCGUUUAAGCCGUGAGUCGGCAAGUCGGACAGGAUCCUCCCUCAAGAAUGCCUUCAAGCACCUUCGCAAUACAGACGUUAUAUCACUGGGAGGCGGCCUUCCCUUGAGCGAAUACUUUCCCUUCGAGAGCAUGGACUUGGGUGUGCUAUCUCUCAACAGCCCCAACGGACAUGAAAACGCUCACCUUCAAUCCACUAAGCAUGACAUGUCAGAUGGGCUCAGCAUUUACGAUCUCACCGUUGCUUUGAACUACAGUCAAGGGAGUGGUUCAGCCCAGUUGCUCCGCUGGAUCACCGAGCACACCGAGAUGGUUCAUGACCCCCCGUACGCCGACUGGCAGUGCACCAUGACCAUUGGCAAUACCUCUGCGUUGGACAUGGCUUUGCGAAUGUUCGCUCACAGGGGAGAUUGUGUCCUAUCAGACGACUACACCUUUGCCACCGCCGUCGAAACCGCAACGCCAAUGGGAAUCAGCUUUGUGGGAGUGGAAAUGGACGACCAGGGCAUGAUUCCAGAUAGCCUGUGGGACACACUCGAGAAUUGGGAUGCAACAGCACGAGGAGGUUCGCCCAGACCCUUCCUGCUCUACACGGUCCCGACCGGCCAGAAUCCCACAGGCACUACUCAAAGCGUUCAGCGUCGCCGGAAUAUUUACUGCGUGGCCCAAAAAUAUGACUUGAUCAUCUUGGAGGACGACCCGUACUACUUUCUUCAACUAGACCCCUUCGUCACUGCAGAGGAAGACGUUGUGGUUCCGAUGGAGUGCCACCCAUCCGACCAAGUGCUCGAGAUGGUAGUCCCAUCCUACCUCAGCAUGGACACAGAUGGACGAGUUGUCCGCAUGGACUCGUUCAGUAAAGUCAUCUGUCCCGGUGCUCGGGUUGGCUGGAUCACUGCCUCCCAACAAAUCGUGGAACAAUACAAGCACCACGCUGAUACCUCAACCCAAAGCCCAGCCGGCCUGAGCCAGUUGGCCCUUUUCAAACUUCUUGACGAGCAAUGGGGCCAUGCUGGCUAUCUGGACUGGUUGCUCCAUAUCCGUAGGGAGUACACAAGGCGUCGGAACUUCACUCUGGCCGCUUGCGAGCGGUAUCUUCCUCGAAGGGUUGUGAGCUGGAAACCUGCUCAAGCAGGCAUGUUUCAAUGGCUGAGAGUGAAGGGUAGCAGCCAUCCUCAAGCUGGGACUAAAACUAUGGAAGAAAUAGAAGAGGAGAUAUGGCUUGAGAGUAUCAAGCAAGGGGCCCUUGUGGCGCGAGGGAGUUGGUUUCAUGUACCAAGUGGAAGGACGGAUGGUGACAUCUUUUUCCGAAUCACCUUUGCGGCCGCUUCUCUCGAUAACAUUGCUGAGGCAGUCUCACGUUUUGGGAAGGCUGUAACCCAGGUCUAUCAUCUAGAAAAUCACCGGCGCCGCGACAGCUGCCGACAGGAGAAAAGCCCCGUCUCCCCAAACCCAAACCCACCAGCGGCAGUAGACCCCAUCAUCAAGCCAACCCUCCCGACGCCAACCACCAUGACCAAAAUCACAAUCCUCGGCGCCGGCAUCGCCGGCCUCUCCAUCGCCGCACAGCUGCCAAAAACGCACGCCAUCACCAUCGUCGCGCGCGACCUGCCCGGCGACCACCCCUCCUCCCCGACGUGGGCCAGCCCGUUCGCAGGCGCCACCUGGCUGGGCAUGGACGGGUCGCCGGCGCGGGAGCAGCAGAUGCAGCGGGACGGCUUCGCGCACAUGUGGAAGAUUGCGGUGGCGGCGCCGGAGAGCAGCGUGAAGAGGGUUGAGAUGCACGAUCUGUGGGACGACGACGACGACGACAGGCGGCUGGAGGACGUGUGGUAUUAUGGGAGGAUGCCGGGGUUCCGCGUCAUGGACGGGGACGAGCUGCCGGAGGGCGUGGCGCGGGGGAUGUGCUACAUGAGUUGGGUGCUGACGCCGACGGUGUUUCUGUCGUGGUUGCGGGAGCGGCUCGAGGCGGCUGGGGUGGCGUUUAAGCGCGCGAACGUUCGGUCGUUGGCGGAUUUGAAGGGGAUGGGACAUGAUGUCCUGAUCAACGCUGCGGGGUGGGGAGCGAGGUUUCUGGGAGACGUGGCGGAUCAGGAUGUCGAGCAGGUUCGUGGCCAGACGGUGCUCGUGAGGACUGACUACGACAAAGUCUGGACUCGGAGGGGGAAGGACUAUACGUAUGUCAUACCCAGAGGCGAUGGAACGGCCGUUCUGGGUGGUAUCAAGCAGUAUGGGAAUACCGACACUUCGGUGGAUUCCAGUCUCAGAGACGACAUUCUCCGGCGUGUGCAUGAGGGUCUGCCCAAUGUCUUCCCGGAAAAGCCAUCGGAAUUUGACGUCGUUCGGGACAUUGUGGGGAUCCGGCCUCAACGGAAGACUGGGGUUCGCGUCGAGAAAGAAGAGCUUGACGGCCAAACGGUGGUUCACGCAUACGGUGCACCCGGAGGUGGCUAUGUUUACAGCUUCGGGCUGGCUCGAGAGGUGGCAAAGUUGGUGGACGAAAUCGAGUUGAAAGUGCCGAAGACGAAACUGUAG